AUGGUCUACUAUUUCACCUCUAAUACGGUGUCUCCAUCAGCCUUCAUCUACGUUGGCAAAGACAAGGUUGAAAAUGAGGAGCUUAUCAAAUAUGGCUUCGAGGAAGACGUCUGGUUCCACGUUGACAAUCUCUCGUCCGCCCAUAUUUACUUGAGACUCCCCGACGGCCAGGCAUGGGAAGAUAUCGAACAGAAUCUCCUGAUCGAUUGCGCCCAGUUGACCAAAGCCAACAGUAUCGAGGGUAACAAGAAGGACAACAUCACUGUCAUCUACACGCCGUGGUCGAAUCUGAAAAAAGAUGGCAGCAUGGCGGUCGGCCAAGUUGGUUUCAAGGACAACCGCAAGGUCAAACGUGUGCACGUCGCGCAGCGCGAGAAUCCGAUUGUGAAUCGGCUGAACAAAACUAAAGUCGAGAAGUUCCCUGACCUGGCAAUGGAGAAGGAGAAUCGACUCAAGGAGCUUAGGAAGAAAGAUAGAGAUGCUCAACAGACUAGGCGCAAGGAAGAAGCUCGCGUCGCUAAAGAGCGCAAAGAAAAGGCCUGGCAAAGGGAUCAUAUGUAUGAUGAUCUGAUGGCCGAGGACAAUGUCGCGCAAUCCAGUAAUCAAGAUCGGGACGAAGAUUUCCUCGAUGAUUUCAUGUAA